AUGGGCAAUGCAAUCGGAUUAAGUCUAGCCACCUUGCUCCAAGUUCAAGUCACUAGAGGAAGAGCGCGAGAAGAAGGAGUGAUUGUCAGAGAUGAUUUGACUGUGGCAAGCCCUGCGGCCUUUUUGGAAGGAUUGAGGGCGGGCUUUUGGCUUUGCUUCGCCGCUUUAUGUCUGGCAACUUUGCUCUCGCUAGUCUUCUUGCGCAAAUUGAAGCUACUUGGAAAGAAGAAAUCGGUCGACUCAUCAAGCUCAUCGAUAGAAGAAAAGGGCGAACAAAAAAUCGAAAGUGAGGGCAGUGAGACCACCUCCAUCUAG